AGAAUCGAUUCGGGCGGACCCGGAGACCUUGAACCCCGCCUUGCAACGCCUGCCGGACCGCGGCCAGCGGCCGGACUUUCAGCCCAGCCUCGCACUCUGCCCCGCACGUAAUCACCUCGUUCCGCCCCUGCGGCCAGAAUCCAAGUUCUCGAACUCGAGGUGUGGCGCGCUAGGCGGAGAGAGAACCCAGAGGCGGCCGGCUGGCAGGUGUCCCCUUCUUGCCUGGCAGCCAUGGCACCUCCCAUGAAGGGCCAAGUGUGUGUGGUGACCGGUGCCUCCAGGGGGAUUGGCCGUGGCAUCGCCCUGCAGCUCUGCCGAGCGGGGGCCACGGUCUACAUCACUGGCCGGCAUCUGGACACCCUGCAGGCCACUGCUCAGGAGGCACAAGCCCUCGGGGGCCGGUGUGUACCCGUGGUAUGUGAUUCAAGCCAGGAGAGUGAAGUGCGGAGCCUGUUUGAGCAAGUGAAUCGGGAACAGCACGGACGUCUGGAUGUGCUGGUCAACAACGCCUACGCUGGGGUCCAGCCCAUCCUGAACGCCAGGAAUAAGGCAUUCUGGGAAAGCCCCGCCUCCAUCUGGGAUGAUAUCAACAAUGUCGGCCUCAGAGGCCACUACCUGUGCUCGGUGUACGGGGCACGGCUGAUGGUCCCAGCUGGCCGGGGGCUCAUCGUGGUCAUCUCCUCUAUUGGGGGCCUGCAGUAUUUGUUCAACGUCCCCUACGGCGUGGGCAAAGCCGCGUGCGACAGACUGGCUGCUGACUGUGCCCACGAGCUGCGGCGCCACGGGGUCAGCUACGUGUCUCUGUGGCCAGGGUUGGUGCAGACAGAGCUGCUGAAGGAGCACAUGGAAAAGGGGGAGCACACUGAGGACCCCAUGUUUAAAGAGCUCAAAUCACGCUUCUCAUCUGGAGAAACCACAGAAAUGAGCGGCAAAUGUGUGGUGGCUUUGGCAACAGACCCCAACAUCCUGAGCCUGAGCGGAAAGGUGCUGCCCUCCUGUGACCUUGCUCGGCGCUAUGGCCUCCGAGACGUGGAUGGCCGUCCUGUCCAAGACUACUUGUCUGUGAGCUCUGUUUUGUCACAUGUCCCCCGCCUGUGCUGGCUGGCCUCCUACCUGCCCGGCUUCCUCCGCAUGCCCAAGUGGAUCAUCACCCUCUCCACUAGCAAGUUCUGACCCUCCUGGCCUGACAUCACAGCUCUGCUACUCUCCCGCUGCUUGGGGGGUUGGGCCUAUCCCAGUGGAAUAGAGCAGGCUUUCUGGCCUACCCACGCCCUUGAUACGGAGAGAAGGCCCCUGGUGUGUGUGUGGUGGGUUCUGAAGGCCUUUGUAGGUCCUUCCUAGUGCCUUGGUUUUCAUUGUUCCUACUUUUUGCUUUUUGCCUCAUUAUUGACAAGUUUUCUAGAGUUAAUAAAGAUCUCAUUUCUCCUUCA